UGUUAUAUAGUGUACUCUAAAAGUUACACAAGCAAGGAAUGAGCUUUUAUAAUUGACCUGAUCCACCUCAGGCGUUGAGCUUGCCCUCUAACACCACCUCAUAUCGAUUCCAAAAAAGGAGAUUCACCUUGACCACAGUCUAUUGUCCCAGCUUCUUUGAUUCGAAUGUAAAUCCUGAACACCUUGAGGAUAUUCAUCUUUCAUUGUUUUUGGAAUAUUGGGAUUCCACAAAGUGAGGGACAUCGACCACCAGCUUUUCCACAAAAGCCAAUACACCAUGGAGUUAAAUUCAGUGAUUUUAACAACUGCUGGGUCCGCGGUUUUUUUCCGAUUGGUAAAUAAUGCGUUCGGACAACUACCAAUGCCAGAAUCUGCGUGCAAAAAUGCAUGGAGAUGGAGAAAUAUCUGUACAUCGUUUGUCCACAGUAUCAUCACUGGCAUCUGGGCAGUACUCUGCUUUUUCCUUCACCCACAGAUGGCUGAAGAUUUAAUUGAGACCCAUUCUGUUUUUUCUCACGCGUUGGUUUCAGUUUCAAUUGGUUAUUUCAUCUAUGACUUCUUUGACAUGGUGGUGCACCAGAAGCUCAGUCAGUCCUGGGAACUUCUCUUUCAUCAUGUGGUGGUGAUCACGUGCUUUGGCAUCUCGGUGCUGUCCUUCCGCUUCGUGGGCUUCGCCGUGGUGGCCCUGCUGGUGGAGAUCAACUCGGUGUUCCUGCACCUGCGGCAGAUGCUGCGCAUGGCUGACCUGGCGUCGGGCACCCCCUACCGGGUCAACAGCAUCGUCAACCUGGGCACCUACGUGGUGUUCCGCAUCAACACGCUGGCCUGGAUGACGCGCUGGCUGGUGCUGAACCGGGACAACGUGCCCCUGGUGUCCUACACGGUGGGCAGCGUGGGCAUGGCCAUCAUGACCGCCAUGAACAUCGUGCUCUUCUGCCGCCUGCUGCGCAGCGACUUCCUGAAGAGCAGUGCGCGGGAGGGCAAGAAGGAAAAGGAGAUGUGAGCAGGAGGAGGAGGUGGCGAUAAGAGGAGAAGGAGGAUGGGGAGGAGCAGCAGCAGGAGGAGGUGGUUGUGUAGGAGAGAUCCGGUUGAUUCCCAGACAUAGUUUUGCCGUAUAUAUAUGUAUACACACACGUGUAUGUACUAUAUCAGUCUCAACACUUUGUACAAUAAUGCCUGAUUCUUUUUUUUUGGAAAUUGUGGAUUGUCACACAAGCGUCCGUUGUGCCUACAAAGACAACAGUUCUUAGUGAAUUACCUCGUUUUGGCCCACUGUAUCCGAAUAUCUGUGCUAGGAAGUUGGGAGGAGCACAUAGGAACAGCACAUACAGACAUGCUUUGUGCAGAGCUUUCCACGGCCAUGGUUUGCUUGUGGCUCCAUGGGAAUGGGCAAGCUAUUGUGAAGCCUCACAUGCUGGCUGAGUAUCGCCUGAGAAUAUGUAAGAAUUAAUGAAGAAAAAAAAGUCAAUGUGCAGUACAACCUUGUAAGCUAACUCGGGUAUAAUAUAAUAUUGGAUACUCUACAAACAAAGUAAACACUGUUAAUGAGACCAUUUUGAAGUAUGCCACAUUCAGUAUGUGGAACAAGUAAUAACUGUUCAGCUAAACAUUAUUUUCAAAGGUAAUAAUUUUCUCUUCUAUCACAUACUUUGGAGUAUGUGGAGUCUUAAAAUGUCUCAAUUAACUGAAGCACUGAAGUCUUAACUAAACAUGCUUGAUACCUCAGGGACUAUAUAUGCUUUUGCUUUCUCUCUUGCUUAUUACAAACCUUGCUCUAAAUGUUAAUGUCUCUUUUUAAGGAAUAGUUGUCUUUCGUAUGUGGCAGUUCGAGACAAACUGGACAGUGUCUUGCAGUUGCAUUGUAGUAAGAUUUUCCUAGCUAUUAGUAAUUGGACUAUAAGAUGAACAUUCAGACGGAGUAGACGGCUGCUUGUUAUUGUUGUUGUUGUUCUACUGUUGGCAUACAGAGGGCGCUGCACUCCAUACUAUUACCUCAUUGGCUACAAAACAUUUUUCAUAACCUCAAUACGUUUCAGUGCUAUUUUACUAUUUUACUAUAAGUAUAGGCCUAUUAACAUGCAGGAGCUGUUGCUUUUGUCCUUUUUUUUUAAUAUAUAUACAUAUAUAUUAGUGAUUGGAAAGGAAUUAAUCAGCUUAAAAUCGCAUACAAGCACUACCAUUAUGCCUUUUGUACCGAUUUCCAUCCUGGCAUAAUUUCUUAAAACUGUGUUAACAUUGUGUAAAAAAAUUAAGCUAUUCUUUUUUAAUGGUUUAUCGUAUAUGGAUAUUUUUGUAUAAUUGUAAUUUAUUUGUGCUAAAAGUUGUGAAGAAAAACUUUUGUAAAAGGAUAAAAAAAAGAAAAUCUGCUUUGCCAUUUGUGCAGUUUAUUUGUUUACUUUAAUUGAUAUUAAAUGUUAAAGCCAUGAUAUGGUCCAGCACUGUGCUUCAGGUCUCUCUUUAUUUUUUGGGAUUUUCUGAACUAAAAUAGUUUGCCCUGUUGUGUGAAACAGCAUGUCAAUAUUGAUAUUGGCUGUUGGUGAUCCUAAAGAGGGCUACAAGUAUGUGGGUGCACAGUGAUGGGUAGUCUAAUUUGCUGCCCUAUAGAAUAAUUGCAUUUGAAUGAUAGGCUUGGCCUCGAAGUUACUGGUUUAUGACUUCAGGAAAUAGCUGAAUGAAACAUGUUAUCCACUAAUCCUAAUCAGCCCAAAGUAUUGGGAUGCAGUGAUUUCCAAAUGUACUUACUAUUGACAUGUUUGUAUAAGAAAAGCUUAAUUUGUGCUGUGUUUUUUUGAUUUGUCUAUCGACAUACAUUUAUUCAGUUCCAUUUCUGCAAUCUCUUCAGGCAGCUUUACCUUUUGCAGCUUUCCACCCUGAAUAUGAAUGUGUUUAUUGUUAUUAAUGACUGUAUGUUGCCAUUUGAUGGUUUCCACUUCUGCUUUGUGCCUCCGUGAUUUUUUUUUCAUGCUACUAUCCCAAAUCAUUGUCCUUCUCUCACCAUUUGACUAACGAUUUGUAUUAUGGUAAAGAUGAGAUUCUGUCCAAGACCUAUUUUUCUUUUACAAUAUGAACAGUUUGUUUAAUCUUUUCGUUAUUGACAUUUUAUUGGACUAGACAUGUAAAGAAGGGUUAAUGUAAAAUGGGAUGGACUUGAGUGAAGUGGUUUGAUUAUCUUAUGAUUAUUUGUGAUUUACCUUUCUUUUUUUUCUUGAUGAGGUGUAAAUCGUUGGAAUUGACGGUGUUUUUUAUAUAUAUAUAUAUAUA